GAAGGAAAAAUGAAGUCGAAGAAACAGAAAAAACCCGUAAUUGCCGAUGAUGAACCUAAAAAGAAAACUGUUUCUGAUGAACAAGAAGAAAUUGAUAGUGUCGAAACACUGAAGGAGAUGCAAAUCAAGGCAAAGGGAGAUGCUCUGAAGAAGAAUCCUGAAGCAACCCCAUCAAGGAAGUCGCAGAUAUUAAAAUAUCAGGUGUCACCUCAAGUAUCACCUAGUUCACCUAGGCCUGAAAAAGAUACUAAGGAAAAAAAGAAAGCAAAGAAAGCUGCACCAAAGGAAGUAUUGAGUGAUGAUACAGAUAAUGAGGAUGAUAAUACAAAUGAUGCCGAAGAUGUGAAGCAAGCUGUUGAUCAUCAGAAGAAAAGAAAAAGACAUGAACCCAAACAAUCGAAAGACCUGAGAAGGAUGAAGAAGAAGCAAAUCGAAAAAUCCGAGAGUGAAGAGGAAGAAGAAGAAGAAUCUAAUAAGCAAUGUGUUUUCUAUAAACAAGGUGCGUUGAAUUACUUCCUGUUCCUGUUAUGCAUCAGUUAA